GCAGUGGCGGGCCGGGCCGGGCGCCGGGGGGCACGGUGGCCGCUCACAGACUGCGGGAGGCCGGUUGUUGUGGAGGCCUGGACACGCUGGACAUCACCAAGGUCGAUAUUUCAGUAAUGGCAGAUAUUUUCAGCUACUGUGACUGGACCAACUUGAAGUUUAAUUUAGCUAUCCUGGCGGUUGCAUUCAACCCGUUGUUCUGGAAUAUUGUAGGUCAUUGGGAGCACAGAACGAGGUCUCUCACUAAACUCUUUGGUUCCCCUUUCACUGCAUGUUAUUCUGUAGCAGUUGUCAUUCUACUGCUGAAUGCCCACAGGAGUUACAGUUUCACAGAAGCAAUGAAGAUUCAGCCAAAGCUUCAACUACUUGAUAACCCUGCAGGUUUUUACAUGGGCUCUGGUCUUUUACUGAUCGGCACCAUCUUUGUCAUGAGCAGCUUCUUUGUACUGGGAUUCGUUGGGACAUUUUUAGGAGACUACUUUGGAGUUUUGAUGGAAGCCAAGGUGCUGACAUUUCCAUUCAACGUUAUGGAGAACCCUAUGUACUGGGGCAGUACGCUAAACUACUUGGGCUGGGCUAUCAUGAAUGCUAGUCCAACUGGACUGGUCCUUACUGCCUGGGUAGCAGCUGUGUACAAAGUGGCAAUCCUGUUUGAAAGGCCAUUCACAGAGGAAGUAUAUCGUCAAAAAGAAAAGAACAUGAAGAGCAAGUGAAUAAUUGGGACACUUUGUCAAGUGGAUGUUAUCUUAAAUAGGCGACGGACCGCUUGUUUUGAUUCAGUUUGGAAAUUCGCAGUGAUUUUUCUGAAUGUAUUCUGGUAUUGAGUAACUAUUAAUUAUUUUUUAUUAAAGCAGUACUUGGCAAUUAUGCCACUUGUCGUUAAUUAAAUUUCCACUGCCAGAUGUGAAAAUCAUUUUUUUUAAAUCCUUUUCUUCUCGUGAUUCAUUGUAAUUUACGGAGAGAUAGUAACGAUGGCUUUUUCGUGUUGAGAAUGAAAAAAAAAACACUGCUUCGUUCACCAUGAUGUGCAAAGAUGGAAUAAGCCACAGAGUGUUUGGUCUAUUAACUCACAAACAGGUUAUUAAACCAAAAUUAUCAAAUCAUGCCAUUUGUAUCCAAUAAACCAAUAACUUCAAAGUAGGUCAUUUUGUAUUGUUAUGUCCGUGAUAAAUUUGUAAAAAAACAUUCUUGUAAUGCCAACCAUGUUGUAAUAAUUUCUUCUGAAUGUGGUGCUGUUUUCACACCGGGUAAUAUAAUCUGUAAGAAUUAUUAUUAUUACUUUUUAUUAUAACGGUUUAUUGGCAGCUGGGGAACUGCCACCCUUCAAUAACACUGGAUUUGCCGUUUUCGUGAAUCAUUCAACUAAUGUUGCAGAGAAUUGUAAUGUGAAUCCCGACUGGAUGUAGUAAAAUAUAAAAAGAUUAA